AUGUCAACGGAAAUUACUCUUGUCAACAUCGACAAGGCGCAGUUUUAUAAAAGGAAAUCUCGGUCAAUUUUCAUGCAUGCGCAAAGCAUUGAAAGUUCAUUGACCUUCGAUCGAAUUUCCCUGAUGGCUGAAGAAGAACUUAGUUUGCGACUGGAGUUGCUGAAUAAAACCGAAGUUUCGUUUAACCUGGCUCAUGGGUCUCUCGAAGAGCUUGACUACGAUGAAAUCGAUAGUCCGCUGCCGGAUGAAUUUGAGGAAUUGAUUUUAUCCGCAAAAUCAAUUGUGCUCCAGGAGAUUGGUAAGCGUAAGGUGGCCAGUUUGCCGUGCUCAACGUUGCGCCAGGAACCCGCCAUGGAUUCCGCUGCUAGUCAGCCUAACAAAAGGCUUCGUCUCCCGGAAAUUAAAUUGCCCGAAUUUAGUGGUGGCUACACCGAAUAUGCCAACUUUUUCUCCAUGUUUUCGACCAUCAUCGAUCAAGAUCCUGAUCUUUCGCCCGUGGAAAAGCUCCAACAUUUGAAGUCGUGCCUGAAAGGCUCCGCAUUGGAUUCUGUUCGCUCGCUGGAUAUUUGCAAUGAUAACUAUGCUGUUGCUUUGGAUUUGCUCAACAAACGCUUUAACAACAAACGUCUUAUUUUUCAGGCACAUAUCGCAGAGAUUUUGGGCAUGCAGAAGCUCAAGUCUCAAUAUUCGGCUUUCAUUCGUGAAUAUUUGGACUUGAAUCACAUGUCACUCGUUAGCAAAGAUUCGAUUGGUCUUUGCCAGUAUUAUCUUCCCCAUCAUUGCGUUUUCAAAAAGGACAGCACCACAACGAAAUUGCGUGUAGUUUUUGAUGGGUCUGCCCGAACGUCGUCUGGAUCUUCCUUGAAUGACGUCCUUAUGGCUGGUCCUACCAUUCAGCCCAAACUAUUUCGGACCCUGCUUCAAUUCCGAACGUUUCCUGUGGCCCUGACUGGUGACAUUUGCAAGAUGUAUCGUUGCGUUCGAGUUGCCGAGCCCGAUAGUUUUCUGCAGUGCCUUCUUUGGAGAGAUUCACCAAGCCAGGAGAUACAAGUUUACAGGCUGGAUACAGUAACUUAUGGAACCAAGCGUGCAUCAUUUCUAUCUGUGCGGGCCAUGCAUCAGCUUGCUAUUGAUGAGGAGAAUUCGUAUCCCAUUGGCUCCCAAAUUCUCAAGCGGGAUUUUUACGUUGAUGAUCUGAUUACUGGUGGCAACUCCGCUCAAGAUGUUUUAGAGAUCAUGCGUCAAACCCAGGAAUUGCUUGGAAAAGGGCAGUUCAAGCUGAGAAAAUGGUGCUCUAAUGACCCCGUUGUUCUUAAGGAAACACCCGAGCCAGAAAGGGAAACAUUCCUGAAGUUCGACGAUGGAAGCGACAUUACCAAAACGCUGGGGCUCGCUUGGGAUCCUACUUCAGACGUUCUAAUGUUUUCUUUCUCUCCCAUGCAGCGCAUCUUAAAACCUAGCAAGAGGUCCGUGCUGUCCACAAUAGCCCGCUUCUAUGACCCCCUCGGCCUCAUCUGCCCUGUCAUAACCAAAGCAAAAAUCUUUUUGCAGCAGCUUUGGAAGGAGAAAUUGGAUUGGGAUGAGAGCCUUCCCUCUGCGCUAAAUUCGUCUUGGCUGAAGUUAACAGCUGAUAUUGCUUGCACCCAGCAAAUGAAAUUUCCUCGCUUAGCUGUUCAGCCUGCCGGCAUCAUAGAGCUCCAUGGUUUCAGCGAUGCCAGCAUAAAUGCGUAUGGUGGCUGUAUCUACGCUGUGUCUUCAUCACAAGGUCGUAGAGAGGCUCAGCUACUUUGUGCUAAGUCUCGUGUGGCUCCGCUGAAGACGCUUACGAUUCCCAAAUUGGAACUUUGUGCCGCUCUGCUGUUGUCUCAACUCAUCCGAGAAGUCCGUGAUAUGAACGUUUUCUCUUGCCCGUUCUUUUGCUGGUCCGACUCGUCCGUCGUACUUUCGUGGAUUAAGGAUGAGCCCUCCCGGUUCCAAGUCUUCACCGCAAACCGAAUUGCUUCGAUACAGGAGCUGACCAACGGAAUGGAUUGGCGAUAUGUACCCACGUUUUGUAACCCAGCUGACAUUUUGUCGAGGGGAUCACUUCCAAGCGAGCUGCUUGAGUCAUCGCUAUGGUCAAGAGGUCCAUCGUUCCUGUGCAAUGACAGAAUUCACUGGCCCGCCCCGCAUUCUGCCAUCACUCCGUUACCAGAAAUGAGAAAUUCGCUCGUGGCUCAUACCACGCCUUCCAAUGACAUGACGUUGCAAUGCAAGUUCAGCAAUUCCUGGCAAAAGCUGACCCAUGUAUUUGCAUACGUCUUUAAAUUUCGACAUCGCAUCCGGCACUCUGGAAUUACAGUCGAGCAUAUUCAGCUUGGAACGCAGUUGCUCCUUCGCACCAUCCAGAUGAACAACCUUGCAGCUGACUACAAACGACUGCAAGAUGAAUUUGGCAUAAUGCGUGUUGGUGGUCGUUUAAAGAAUUCUGGAUUGGCCUUUGAGUCUCAGCAUCCUAUUAUAUUACCGAGGAGUCAUCCAGUAACCCACGCACUUAUCAUGCACUUUCAUCGGCGCAACUCCAUUCGGGACCUCGAUCUCUGCUUGCACACAUUCGUCUGCAAGCCGGGUAUCUUCAACGUGGACGUUUAUGGUCACAGGGUUGGAUUUCUGUGGUCCGUUCCAUUACAGGACUGGGGUUCGAGGCAAGGUUCCUGUAAAACGUAUGUCUGCAUCUUCAUAUGUUUUUCGACGAAAGCGGUGCACUUGGAACUUGUUCAGGAUUUGUCGACGCAAGCAUUUCUUGGAGCGUUGAAGCGCUUUAUUCUAACAAGGGGCAAGCCUGCUCGAAUAUGGUCGGAUAAUGCAACCAAUUUUGUUGGCGCCAAGAACGAGCUGACCGAGCUGAAACGUUUGUUCCUGUGCGACCCCCACAUACGUUCCGUGCAGGAAUUCUGUCUGGAGGAUAACAUUGAGUGGCGAUUCAUUCCUCCCCGUUCGCCUCACUUUGGAGGCCUCUGGGAGGCUGCAGUAAAAACGGCCAAAUUCCAUUUCUAUCGUUCAGUUGGCCCAUCGCUAUUAUCGUUUGACGAGCUGCGCACGCUAGUUUGCCACAUUGGGGCGAUAAUCAACUCUAGACCUCUGCUUCCUCUUUCAGAGAACCCAGCCGACUUGGAUGUGUUAACUCCCGCACACUUUCUUGGCACCGCUCCUCUGGUGUUGUUUCCAGAGCCUGAUGUCACACUGUUAAAUUGCAACCGAUUGGAUCGAUGGCAGCGAAUAUCUUACCAUCAGCAAGUUUUCUGGGCCCGUUGGCGAGAAGAAUACCUAACACUUCUUCAACAGCGUGCUAAGUGGCGCACCAAUCAUCCAAAUCUCAAGAUCAACGAUGUUGUCUUAGUGAAGGACGAGAACCUUCCUCCACUUAAGUGGCCACUGGCUAGAGUGGACGAGCUGAUCGCCGGAGAAGACAAAGUUGUCCGU